GCACGUAUACAACCAGAGGACAUAUGUAUCAACAUUGGCCAGGGUGUGAAACCUCCCACGCCACCCGCAGGGCACAAGUGGAAGGAGGUCCGCCACGACGAUAAGGUGUCCUGGCUAGCCUCAUGGACAGAGAACAUCUGUGACAACAUUAAAUACGUCAUGCUCAACGCCCACAGUCGGAUGAAGGGGGUCAAUGAUUUCAAGAAAUACGAGAAGGCCAGGA